AUGGAGGGGGGGCAGGACGCGCCCGGGGGGGGCGCUCAGCCACUCGACCGCGUCACCACCUACUUCUUCAUCGACAACAUCCUCAGGCCAGACUUUGGUCGCAGGAAGGACGGCGGCGGUGGUGGCGGUGGUGGUGGUGGUGGCCGUGGUUGUCCAGAGCUCACGGGUGGUGGUGGUGGUGGUAAGGAGCGAACCGGCGGACCAACGGGGGGAUCCUCCCUGCAGCGGUCAUACGAAGUCCACCACAACCACCACAACCACCACAACCACCUGCACCACCUGCACCACCUGCACCACCAGCACCACCCGCGGCAGCGCAGAGUGACGCGGGGGGGUGCAGCAGCAGGAGGUGGAGGAGGUGGCGGAGGUGGAGGAGGUGCGGCAGAGUCCUCGGCUCGCAAGGACGACGGAGAUGAAGAGGAGGAGGAGGAGGUGGUUGUGGUCGAGGAGGAAGAAGAGGAGAGGUCUGCGCUGAGCCGGGGUCCAGAGAGGAUCACGGCGGGACCCGAGGAGCAGCGACAGCAGCAGCAGCAGCUGAUGUGGCCCGCGUGGGUUUACUGCACGCGGUACUCGGACAGACCGUCUUCGGGUCCCCGCACGCGCAAGAGCAAGAAGAAGGGAGGAGGAGGAGGCGACGCUCGUGAGGACAAGAGGCCGCGCACGGCCUUCACGGGGGAGCAGCUGUGCCGGUUGCGCGCCGAGUUCCAGGCGUCGCGCUACCUCACGGAGGAGCGGCGCACGGCGCUGGCGCGGGAGCUGCGGCUGAAUGAGGCGCAGAUCAAGAUCUGGUUCCAGAACAAGCGCGCCAAGAUCAAGAAGGCGAGCGGCGUGAAGAACGCCCUCGCACUCUACCUCAUGGCGCAGGGCCUCUACAACCACUCCACUGGUGGUGCUGGAGGCAGUGCCGCGACUCUCGGUGCGGCCCUCACGAGCCACAGCCCGUGCCCCGUCUCCGACAACCCAAGGGCUCCCUCGGCGAGACGCCCCUGGGCAGGCCGCCUCUGCCAGCGAGCCGUCGCCUCGAGCGGCACUGCCUUCUUCAUCGCCGCGUCUGGCCUCCCGCAGUCGACAUUAGAGACCGCGUGA